CGCACGAUCACCCUCCUCACUCUACAUCGCAUUGUGGAUUUCGUGGCAAGCUCGUGCUCAGGGUCAGGUAUUGCUGCAGCCUUUCCCGCGCUUCAACAUGCGAUAGCGCAGUGCAGUGUUCCAGCAAAGGCAGCAAAGGCUCGCGCGUAUAUUGCCGGGAUUCAGGGAGCCACUAUAAAACUCUCCUGGCAGCAUCGUUAUUCUUGUAGACGCAGCUCAGAACAUCAACUUACCCACUAUGGGCUACUGGGAAGUCAAAUGUCGAUUCUGUGGCGUAGGCUUCAACAUUGGUCGCUCGAGACGUCCCACUGAGCCUCGCUACAAAGGGUGGCUCAACACUGCUGAUAUGAUUGGCGUGCCACAAGGUAUUCGCAAAAAUUGCGUCAAGGGUAAAUGUUGGGUGAUCAUUCGCAGGGAGGGCCCGUGUCUUCCAGAUAAUGUCCAAUUGAAGGAUAUGAUAUCGACUCAAGACAUCGACGACAAUGACGAUCCAGCAGACAGCGAUUACAUGCUGGACCAAGACGACCAGGAAGAUGAGUACGAAGAGCUUGAGUUCAUUUCCGAUGACGAGAUGAUCAGCGAUGGCGAAUAUGGUGAUGCUGAAGAGUCCGAAGAGAUUAUGGGGGACGGCGUCAAGACAGACGCAGAUCGCAGGGAAUCGCAAAACACAAAUGGAAUACCUCAUCAACCGAAGAGUAUCAACGACAAUGUCCCGCAUUCUCCAAGCAAUCACAGCACCCAAGCGUGGACUUUCGGAUGGUGCCGAAGCACCCCAAAGUUUCAGGUAAUGAUAGAUCAGACCAUCGAUGACCGCAAGACCUGGCUCCCUGCACAAAAAUUCUACAAAGCCAAAACGCCUUUGUACUACGAUCGUAUGCACGAAAUCGAGCACACGACUGAAAGUGCAGACUGCUCGACUGUGACCGCAUAUAACGGCAAUCUCAUCGAGUUCGAAGAAAUGAGGGACUGCAAUGUCUUUCAAGGAAUGGUCCGCCGACAACCCAAUUGGGCCCCGGAAUCCGAUGAUAUCGACUACGAAAGCGCGAGCCGAUAUGUAUUCACAGGACUGUGUGGUCACAUGUCGUCAACGGAUUUGCGAUUCUUCCCGCACCUGCGCCCUAUACGCUACGGACAAGAUAGUGUCUUCUGCAACGAGUAUGUCUGGGAUCCGAACGACAAUUAUGCCAUGCCGUUCCAUCCUUGGUGCUUUGAUAUAUACGCUAGGCUGUCUCGUCGGUGUAAUGGCGUUGUCGACGUCAACGGCCUGAUGGACUGGCAUUAUUUCGUUGACGGCCCCAGGUAUGGGGAACCAACGUACCGUGCAGACGGAAAUGUAGACGAAGACGAUCGUCCCUACUCCUGGGGUCAUCACGAACAUGUGAGAGGGUGUGGGAGCGAUUUUUGGCUCCAUCCGAAAGGGACAGAGUACCUUGCAGCGAAUCCUUUGUUUGUCCCAAAGUUGCCAGCUCUGCUACAGAUGGCCACUGAAACGAAGCCUGACUUUGAUCCUAGAGGAAGCCCAUUCGCCGAGUCUAAGGAUGAUGGACUACAGACCGAUGACUUCUCACGACUCCCGUGGGAGUUGAAGAUGGAGAUUCUCUCGCAUCUCUCGUCGAAGAACAUUGCGAACUUGCGCCUAGCCAGCCGCACCUUCAGACACUUACCCAACACGCUAUGGAAACAUCUUCUGAUGAAAGAGAUGCCAUGGCUAUGGGAAGUAUGGUGUGACGACGAGCCCUAUUUCUGGGCCGCAGUAGCGUUCGGUAACAUCGCACAAUCCUACAUCGACAACGAGCGCGACCUGGCUAGAUACGAUGAACAGUCUGCCGAAAUAGAUCGCAUUAAUCGUAUAAUUGAAGAAGCAUACGUUCGCGAAAACCCAGCGUUUGUCGGACGGUGGAAAAAAGCAAGCGCAGAAGCUCUAGGUGAGCGACCGGUUCUGUCACAGGACUGGCGAUCCAAGGCCAGUCCUGUCUCUGGUAAGUUGCCGUCCAGCAAGACGAACUGGUAUUCGCUCUACACACUCAUCACGCGACAUUGGAAAGAUUUGAAGGGUUUGAGGAACAGAGCGCGAAUAUGGACUGAUAUUGAACGAAUGAUGGGUAUGAUCGCAGAAUCAAGAGAGCGCGGUCUCAUUUCGCCGCUUGGAGGAGACCCGACGUUUUGAUCAAUCACUUGGUUUGCAUUGCAUACAGGUCUGAUAGACUUACCGUAUGGCCAUACGUUCAAACGGUCAUCUUGCUCUCUCCGUCGACCAAUCGAUUCUGUGCCUCGAGUGUCUUGCUGAACCAAAUGUGAAAACUACUUCUACUCCCACUUUCACCGUUUGAAUCAAGUCUAAAGUGUCCGUAACAAGAUGCUAAACGACAAACAAACAAUCAUGCCACCAAAGACGACAAGUACUACUACCAACAGUCGUAGAUUAUAUAUUUGAGAAGCAUCAUCUCUACUCACUCCCAAUGACCCCACUUCCAAUACACAUUCACAGGCUGUCAAGCUCAGACGAGACUUGGCUCUCCAAUGGGAUCACGAGAUACCGC